AUGCUGCGGACAAUCCAGACUAUCAAACAGCCAUACCGGUUUUCCAAACUCCGGUGGUCAAACCAACUGCGUACAGCUGCAACGGCUAUCAGCGGCAAGGCAGAGGGAACCAUCGCAGACUCGUUCGCUUCUCUAUCCGGUCAGCAAUUCGAAGCACUGGAGCCUCGGUUUGCUACCGUGAAGGAAAAUCUCAUUCGGGGAAAUGAGCAAGCCGUCAAAGCAUCCUGGGACAGGUUGCUCUUGACAUUGAAGGACGAGGUACAGGAAAUCAAGCGACUUGGCUCGUCGAUUGUACCUCAAAUUGACUUCAAAGAAAUCGAUGCUCCAUCCGGACACUUCAGCAGCGAAUACAGAAAGCGUGGUGUUGCAGUCAUCAAAGGUGCAAUUCCCGAGGCUGAGGCAUUGCAGAUGAAGGAGGAUCUACGAGAGUACAUCAAGGCAAAUCCUCAGACCAAAAGCUUCUCAGCACAAGUGUUCGAGCUCUACUGGAGCAAAUCACAAAUCCGGGCAAGAGGUCAUCCCAACCUGCUCAAAGCACAACAGUUUUUGCUCAGCUUCUGGCACUCCAAAGACCCAAACGCAUUGUUCUCGGACACACCAAUCUCAUACGCUGAUAGGCUUCGUAUGCGUGAGCCCGGUGAUGCAAAAUUCGCCCUCGGUCCGCAUGUGGACGGUGGAAGCUGCGAAAGAUGGGAAGAAACUGGUUACGGUAGAGGCAAAGUCUACCAGGAUAUCUGGCAAGGUAGUUGGGAGAAGUACGAUCCUUGGGAGUCGAGCAGCCGCUUGCCUGUCGAAUCAGAUCUCUACCAGGGAGCCGGUGCUUGCAGUGCAUUCAGAGCAGCUCAAGGCUGGUUGAGCUUGUCUCACUGCAGCGCAUUCGAAGGCACUUUACUUGUCAACCCACUACUCCAGCUUGCGACCGCAUACUUCCUUCUCCGCCCCUUCUUCACUCCCAGAAAUGGUCCCUCGACUCAGGUCACGGUCAACGGAGCCUUUGAGCAUGUCAACACCGACGAGUACCUCUCACCAGACAACUGGAAGCUCGAAGACAAACCAAGCUCGUGGCUGCAGGGAGCUAAUCUGGGACGCGGUCAGGAACUCAACGCACUGCUCCAUCCCCAUCUCAACCUACCGGAGACCAUGGUGCACAUACCAAGAGUACAGCCUGGUGACUAUGUGGUCUGGCACUGCGAUGGUAUUCACGCUGUCGACAAGAUUCAUGCCGGGAAGAACGAUUCGAGCGUGCUCUAUAUUCCUGCGUGCCCACUCACCGAGCGCAACGCCGAAUACUUGGUGCGCCAGAGAGACUGCUUCUUGAGAGGCACUCCAUCACCAGACUUCCCUGGAGGCGUUGGUGAGAGCCAGCACGCCGGUCGCGCGGUGCAAGAAGACAUUUCGGCGGUCUCGGGAGUCAAUGGUCUACGCGCCAUGGGCUUGGAAAAGUUCGAUGAGAACAGUGGCCGCACGCCGGGAGAGAAGAAGGUCAUGGCGAAUGCAAACCGAAUUCUUGGUUUCGAGUGA